AUGUUGGGCCAUCAGUUUUCCCAUUCGGCAGCGCCCAUCCGCAAAGUGAAGGAGGUACAGUUCGGUAUUCUUUCGCCCGAAGAGAUUAAAGCGUAUUCCGUAGCUAAGAUUGAACAUCCCGAAGUUAUGGACGAAGCCACGCAUAAGCCAAAGAUGGGAGGCUUGAUGGACCCUCGUCUUGGCACCAUCGACCGGAACUUUAAGUGCCAGACAUGUGGAGAGGGGAUGUCGGAGUGUCCAGGUCAUUUUGGUCAUAUAGAGUUGGCCAGGCCUGUCUUUCAUCCAGGGUUUAUCGUGAAGGUUAAGAAAAUUCUGGAGAGUAUCUGUGUAAAUUGUGGAAAAUUGAAAGCCGACAUCACGGAUCCCAAUUUCGCUGACAAGAUCCGGCAUGUGCGUGAUCCGAAGGCCCGCAUGUCCAUCGUAUGGGGUCAUUGCAAAGGUAAGAUGAUCUGCGAGCCAGACGAACCGAAGGAAGAAGGGGAAGGCGGGGACAGCGAAGAGCACAAGAAAGGACACGGCGGUUGUGGGCACACCCAGCCGCAGGAGAUUAAGUCACUGCAGCCGGACAAAAGACUUUUCACCGCUUCAGAGGUUUACAAUACAUUGAAGAAGAUCUCCGAUUCGGAUUUGCAUCUGCUUGGCCUUUCGGAUGAGUACGCUCGCCCUGAGUGGAUGAUCUUGACAGUCAUGCCUGUUCCGCCACCCCCUGUACGGCCUAGUAUCGCUGUUGAUGGAGGUGCGAUGCGGAGCGAAGAUGAUCUCACGUACAAGCUCGGCGAUAUCAUUAAAGCAUCCGCCAACGUUCGUCGAUGUGAACAAGAGGGUGCACCUGCUCAUGUCAUCACAGAGUUCGAACAGCUAUUGCAGUUCCACGUUGCCACGUAUAUGGACAACGACAUUGCCGGUAUCCCGCAAGCUUUGCAAAAGUCAGGUCGCCCUGUAAAGGCUAUUCGUGCCCGAUUGAAGGGAAAGGAAGGCCGCUUGCGUGGCAACCUGAUGGGAAAGCGUGUGGACUUCUCCGCAAGGACGGUCAUUACAGGUGAUCCUAAUCUGGAACUCGACGAAGUUGGUGUACCGAAGAGCAUUGCAAUGACUUUGACCUACCCCGAACGAGUCACGCCUUAUAACAUCGAAUAUCUUCAAGAGCUCGUGCGCAAUGGCCCUUCAACGUAUCCUGGAGCGCGUUAUGUGGUCAGAGAUACUAAUGAACGCAUUGAUCUGCGGUACAACAAACGCGCAGAUACAUUUUUGCAGUUCGGAUGGAUCGUAGAACGACAUCUCAAGAACGGAGACUUUGUCUUGUUCAAUCGACAGCCGUCACUACAUAAAAUGAGUAUGAUGAGCCAUCGAGUACGGUUGAUGCCGUAUUCAACUUUCCGCUUGAAUCUUUCUGUGACGCCCCCUUACAAUGCCGAUUUCGACGGCGACGAGAUGAACAUGCAUGUACCUCAAAGUGAAGAGACACGAGCUGAACUCAGUCAAAUUGCCUGGAUAAUCUCGCCACAAGCGAACAAGCCCGUUAUGGGUAUCGUCCAGGACACGCUUUGUGGUGUUCGCAAGUUCACGCUCCGUGACACUUUCUUGGACUGGAAUCAAGUCCAGAACAUCCUUCUAUGGGUACCCGAUUGGGAUGGCUCUGUCCCUAUCCCUGCUAUCAUUAAGCCAAAACCUCUUUGGACCGGCAAGCAGAUUCUUAGCAUGACAAUUCCGAGAGGAAUAAAUAUCCAGAGGUCGUCAGAUUCGAAGACAUUCAACCCCGUGUUUGAUGACGGGAUGAUGAUCGAGAACGGCGAGAUCAUCUACGGCAUUGUCGAGAAGAAGACAGUCGGAGCAUCUCAGGGAGGAUUGGUCCACGUCGUAUUCCGGGAGAAAGGUCCAGAGGCCACGCGGACGCUCUUCACUGGGCUCCAAACUGUCGUCAAUUUCUGGCUAUUCCAUAACGGCUUCAGCAUAGGCAUCGGUGACACGAUCGCUGAUAAGGGAACGAUGGCAUACAUCACACAGCAUAUUGCAGAGAGGAAGACUAAUGUCCAGCAGAUCAUUGAUGACGCCAGUCAUGCCCGGCUCAAAGCCGCACCUGGUAUGACCAUCCGUGAAUCUUUCGAGAGUCGAGUCGAGCGAGAGCUCAACCUGGCUCGUGAUACGUCCGGCCAGUACGCGCAGAAGAACUUGAAAGAAGACAACAACGUCAAGCAAAUGGUGGUUGCGGGUUCGAAGGGGUCCUUCAUCAAUAUCUCUCAGAUGUCCGUCUGUGUCGGGCAACAAUCUGUUGAAGGACGGCGUAUACCCUUUGGCUUCCGGCAUCGGACACUACCUCAUUUCACGAAGGACGACUACAGUCCCGAGGCCCGCGGAUUCGUGGAAAACUCGUAUCUUCGUGGGCUCACGCCGCAAGAGUUCUUCUUCCACGCCAUGGCUGGUCGUGAAGGUCUUAUCGAUACUGCUGUGAAGACUGCUGAAACGGGAUACAUUCAGCGUCGUCUCGUCAAAGCACUGGAGGAUGUCAUGGUCAAUUAUGACGGUACUGUUCGUAAUUCCUUGGGCGAUCUGGUCCAGUUCGUCUACGGAGAGGACGGCAUGGACGGUGCUUUCAUCGAGCGACAGCACAUCGAUACGUAUGGCCUCAAUGAUAAAGACUUCGACCGCAAUUACCGGGUGGACGUUAUGGAUCCAUCAACUCGCUUCCAGCCAGGAGCACUCCAGAUUGGGAUUGACGACAGCUCACCUGAGCUACAGAUGAAGUUGGACGAGGAAUAUCAGCAGUUACUCGAAGACCGUCGCGUCCUUCGGGAAUUCAUCUUCCCCCAACAGGAUCCCACCAUUCCCCAUUAUCUUCCGGUCAAUCUGCAACGUAUCGUCCAAAAUGCGAUGCAAAUCUUCCACAUCGAUCGACGGAAGCCUAGCGAUCUCGAGCCUGCGUACAUCAUCGAGGCUGUCCAGAAGCUCUCGAAUCGUUUAGUCAUCGUACGUGGUGAUGAUCCUCUGAGCUUAGAGGCCCAGGACAAUGCCACGCUCAACUUCCGCAUGCAUCUGCGUGCGACGUUUGCCACCCGACGGGUUUUGGAGAGAUAUCAUCUCACGCGAGAGGCAUUCGACUGGGUCUUGGGCGAAGUCGAGGCAAAGUUUAACCAAUCUGUUGCCAACCCCGGCGAGAUGUGCGGAACGCUAGCUGCUCAGUCUAUCGGAGAGCCAGCGACACAGAUGACACUCAAUACAUUCCAUUAUGCUGGUGUGUCCAGUAAGAACGUCACGCUUGGUGUUCCACGUCUAAAGGAGAUCAUCAAUGUGGCGACGAAUAUCAAAACGCCAUCGCUUUCUGUCUACCUCCAACCAGAGAUUGCGAAGGACCGCUUCAAGGCAAAGGAUGUCCAACAGGAGUUGGCAUACACUUCUUUACGGACCAUCACAGCCGCUGUCGAGAUCUGGUACGAUCCGGAUCCGAGCUCCACAAUCAUCGAAGAGGACCGAUUAUUCGUCGAGGCCUUCUUCGCCAUUCCCGAUGAUGAAGUCGAAUCUAAGUUACACCUACAGUCGCCUUGGUUGCUUCGUCUGGAACUGGACCGUGCAAAAAUGAUCGAUAGAAAAUUGACCAUGGAGUUUGUGGCAGGGAGGAUUGCAGAGAGUUUCAAAACCGAUCUUUUCGUCAUCUGGAGUGAAGACAACUCGGAGAAACUCGUCAUUCGUUGUCGUAUACUAGGUGGGGCAGACAAGGAUGAGGACGGUAUGGAGACCAUCGAAGAGGACAUCUUCCUUCGACAGCUGGAGAACACGAUGUUGAACUCUGUCAGUCUGCGUGGAAUGAAGGGCAUUGAUCGUGUUUUCUUGUUGGAACACGACAAGGUAAUCAUCGACCAUGAAGGUAACAUCGAGGCACGCCAAGAAAAGGAGUGGGUGCUGGAGACGGACGGUGUCAAUUUGAAGAACGUGAUGUGCUUGGACGGUGUCGACUUCACGCGCACCUAUUCGAAUAGCUGCGUCGAGGUGUUUAAUGUCCUUGGAAUCGAGGCCGCUCGUGCUGCGAUCAUGAAGGAGUUGCGUGGAGUGAUCGAGUUCGAUGGUUCCUACGUGAACUAUCGUCACCUCGCCCUCCUUUGUGACUUGAUGACGCACCGCGGACAUCUCAUGGCCAUCACACGACAUGGUAUCAAUCGCGCAGACACGGGAGCGUUGAUGAGGUCGUCUUUCGAGGAGACGGUGGAGAUCUUGAUGGAGGCAGCGGCUGUAGGAGAACGGGAUGACUGUCAUGGUAUCGCUGAGAACGUCAUGUUCGGCCAAAUGGCUCCCAUGGGCACGGGUGCUUUCGAGGUCGCGUUGGACAUCGACAUGUUAAAGGACGUCAUCGUCGACCCAAGCUUGCCUAUGCAGAGUAUGCUUGCCGCUCAUGUUGACGAUGGAAUGACGCCGGGACAGGUGGCAAUGACGCCCUACGACAGCAACUCUCCAACUUGGUCGCAGGAUGGAUCGUUCAAAGGCGAGACGGCUGCAUUCUCUCCACUGGCAGGGAAUCGUGACGAGUCCACGAACUACACCUAUCGUGGAUUUGGUGUCAGUCCUCUUGGUGCUGGAGGGAUGUCCCCCGCGGCUCCGGGUUACAGUCCUAGUUCACCGAACGUCUAUUCACCUACGUCACCCUACAUGCCGCAGUCGCCAUUCCAUGGUGGAGGUACAUCCCCACUAGGCACUUCGCCAUACGGUGCCACAUCUCCAUUCUAUGAUCCUCGUAGAGCGCCCACCUCGCCCACUUACUCCCCAACGUCGCCUGGUCUCAAUUUAACCUCUCCCGGAUAUUCACCGACCAGUCCCCGCUAUUCACCCACAUCGCCUUCAUUUUCUCCAACCUCACCUCGAUACAGUCCACAAUCACCAUCUUUCAGCCCAACUUCACCUCGAUAUUCUCCUACGAGUCCUUCCUUCAGCCCAGCUUCUCCUCGCUACUCUCCUAGUAACUCCAGCACAAAUGUCACCAUCCUCCCCAAAGUAUUCGCCAACAUCGCCGACUUCACCAUCGUCUCCAAAAUACUUAUUCUAGCUCCCACUUCUCCCGCCUAUUCUCCCGCGUCACCUGCUUAUUCGUGCAGCUCCCGCCUCGCCCGCGUACAGCCCAACCUCGCCACAUUGGUCGCCAUCGAGUCCAUCCUACCAGAACGGGUCGUCGUCGUCGGGCCGCAAGAACGCUUACAGCUCCUCGCCGUCUUAUGA